AUGCCUACCCAUUUGUCCAAGACCAGAAAACACCGCGGCCAUGUCUCUGCCGGCCACGGUCGUGUAGGAAAGCAUCGCAAGCACCCCGGUGGUCGUGGUAUGGCCGGUGGUCAGCACCACCAUCGUACCAACCUCGACAAGUACCAUCCCGGUUACUUUGGUAAGGUUGGUAUGCGCCACUUCCAUCUCCAGCGCAACCACGAAUGGAAGCCCGUCGUCAACUUGGACAAGCUUUGGAGCUUGCUUCCUCAAGAAACCCAAGAGAAGUACCUCGCCGAGGGUGCUCCUCAGGACACCGCUCCCGUCAUCGACCUUCUUGCUCUCGGUUACGCCAAAGUCCUCGGCAAAGGCCGUCUUCCCAAUGUGCCCGUUGUCGUCAAGGCCCGUUACGUCAGCAAGGAAGCUGAACGCAAGAUCACCGAAGUCGGUGGUCGCAUCAUUCUCGUCGCUUGA